AUCCAAUCGGGUCCGCAUGAGCACAUCCAAUUAAGCACAUCCACGUGCGAUAUAUACCUUGUCAACGAGCAAAGAAUGUAAGAUGUAGGCAACGAUGGUCCACCCCCCAUAUACCCCACCUCCCCUCCCUUCUCAUUAGCCCCUCAACCCCUCAUCCUCCCAGGCCCAUGUUGCGCUGCACCUCGCGGGUGGUGUCGCUGAUGCGGAGGUGCAGCGCAUGUCUCGCUCCACGGCCGUUUCGAGCAGGUCGUCGUCGGGCGGUGGCGGCAGGAGAUAGGCCGCCAGCAGCCCCGCGAGGAUGUGGUUGAGCUGCCCGUUGGUGAAGUCGUAGUUGUUGGGCACCACUUGAGCCCGUUGGCAGCGCUCGUCGACAGCCCGAAGAGGGCACUCUGGAGGCCGAUGCAUCCACGAGGGUGGGUGUACAGGUACCAUAUGCGCUGCACGGCUUGCGUGUCUUGGGCCCUGACGCAUCACACACACACACACACACACACACAGAGGGGAGGGAGACACAGUUUGCAUUAGUGUGUCCGUCUUCCUUUCUUCUCCCUUUUGUCGGCCUUACGGGUGGUGGCAGGCGGUGAUGAUGGUGUGUAUCAGGGUCUUGUAGGCCGGUAGUGCGCGGCUGCGGUUGAUCAGGCGGCGGGCCAGGCGUCGCCGGUGCUGCACGGUCAGCCCGCGAUCGUACAGGUGAAGGCCGGCAUCAUGCAUCAUGCAUGUGCCGGCCUGUCGGCCUUCAUGAAGUCAUGGGGACCCACAGGCUGUCGGCAGCGCGGCGGCGCAUGAGCUCCCCGGCUGCGUUGCGCAUGGGCUGGCGCGGCUGUGCAGCCAUGAGCAAGCGGGCCAGCGGGACCGCCACGCAACAAAACCAGAUGUAUAACCGCACUCGGACUGAUGGGCAAAGACAAUUGGGCAAACAAACAAACAAACAGCAGCAGGAAGAAUGACACGUUCAUUUGUUUGUGUGUGAGUGACGAAGGGUUCCUCACUCUCUGGGCACGGCUGUGGAAAGCAGACCUGCUCACACAAUUCAACACAACACCCACACGCUGUGAUGUGAUGUGUUGGUGACAUAUUGGUUGAGCCAAAAGAAUUACUUACGUGGCAUAUUGCAUUGACGAACACCCACUCGUAACUGACAUCGAACACACCAACACCGCACAGUCCACUUGUGACUACAAUGCGCCGGCUGUCUUACUUACUUCCAGUCUCAAUAGUCCAGUCCGCUGUUUCUCCUAUGCGGUCGCCGUUCUGCUGCAGAUAGCGCCAGGAACAAGGAAGGGCAGGUAGUGCCACAGAUUGAUGGUGACGUGCUGCCGAACAAACACAAGCAACCAAGCCCCAGACACAUUCACAGACGCGACGGCGAAAUGAUGCAUGUGGAUGCAUCUUCAUGCAUGCAACGCGUGAUGAAUGAAUGCAGUGACAUCUGCCUCUCACCGUAUUAGUGUAGUGGUCUCGGGCGGAGAAGUGCAGUAGAUGGGCGUAUAUCUCUCUAUGGUCGGGAUACACAAUUCCCGCCACCGACCAUACUCCCGCGGCUAGAAUCGGGAGCGGGUGGGGGAAGGCGAAUGCACGCCAGCGGCAGCGCUGGACGCCUCAGGCGGCGGCGGCAUCGUAUUGGCGGCCUGCUGUGGUUGGCCGUUGAAAGUGCACGCGUGAGGGGCGGUGAGGGGCUUGGG